GGGCACAAUCAGGUUAUAAAUAGAGUGCAAUGGAACAAACCAAACUAUAGUCAUCUUGUUUUAAGUGUAUCAAUGGAUAGAACUAUUAAGAUCUGGAAUGCAUGGUCUAGUUUAGAAUCAUGUGUUCGAAUAAUAAACUGUCAUGAUAAAGCCGUAAAAGAUUGUGUAUGGGAUCCAACUGGAGAGAAAAUAUUAUCUUGUUGUUAUGAUAGGUCUUCUGCUUUAGUUUGUGUUAGAACAGGUAAAAUCAUCAAUAGACUUGUACAUGAAGGUUAUGUAUCAUGUUGCAAAUAUCACCCAUUAGAUACCAAUAUAAUUAUAACAGGCUCAACCAAUAAAUUGGUACUAUGGGAUCUUCGGACACCAAAUAAAUCCACAUCUAAAUUUCAUUACAAGGAGAAGAUUGGACAGAUUCAGGAUGUAAUGUUUGACCAGAAUGGUAGAACAAUAUUUACUUGUAGUGAUGUUGUAGACCAGAAUUCAUCUGAUAGAAAUAUAAUGGCCUGGGAUUAUACUACAGGAGCUGUUCUCUCUAAUCAAAUAUAUGAGGAGAAGUAUACGUGCAAUAGAUUAAAGUUACAUUCUACUGAUACAACCCAGUUUUUAGCCCAAUCUCAAGGUGGUUAUAUAGCAAUAUUUUCAACAACUAGACCUUUUAAAAUGAACAAAAGAAAGCGAUUUGAAGGCCACAAGUUACAAGGUAGAAGUAUUGGGUUUGAUAUCAGUAAUGAUGGAGAUAUAGUCAUAUCUGGUAGUUUUGACAGAAAACUUUAUUGUUAUAAUUAUACCACAGGAAAACUAUUUAAAACUAUAUCAACAAACUUAGACUACACAGAUGUAGCAUAUCAUCCUGUUUUACCCAGUGUCAUUAUAGCAUCAUCAUGGGAUGGACAGCUUCAAUUAUUG